UUUGAGAAGAUGACAUCGGAAACGAAGUUCCUGCCAUCCGUCCUUAUCACCGGAUGCAGCGCGGGUGGAAUUGGCUCCGCCCUCGCUGAAGCAUUCCAUGAGCGUGGGCUGUACGUCUUCGCGACAGCACGUUCAUUAGACAAGAUGGCACAUCUAGAAAAACUCCCGAAUGUCACUCUGCUUGAACUGGAUGUGACUUGUGACGAGAGUAUUAAAGCGACCGUGGCGACUGUCGCUGUUCAGGCAGGGGGUAAACUGAACUACCUUGUUAACAACUCCGGUCAGUGUAUAGUCAUGCCUGCUCUUGAGACUAGCAUCGACAAAGCUAAGGAGCUCUUCGACGUCAAUCUCUGGGGCGUGAUAGCCGUCACGCAUGCAUUUGCACCGCUGUUGAUUGCAGCGAAGGGCACUAUCGUUAACAUCGCUUCCAUUGCUGCAUUCGCCCACUCCCCCUGGCUGAGCAUCUACAGCGCCUCCAAAUCCGCGUUGGAUACUUACUCCCACACUCUCCGUCUCGAAUUGGCCCCCUUCGGGGUCGAGGUCGUCACGGUAACUGCUGGGACGGUGAAGACUAAUAUUUACCGGGGUUUCCAGGAUAGCCCUCUUCCGGAGCACUCGAUGUACAAGGCUGCUGCGACGGAGAUCACAGAGUUGGCAAAUGGCGGCCUCGUUGCGGCCGCUAUGUUACCCUCCACGUUUGCCAGGAAGGUUGUCGGCGAUCUGCUCCGCGGUGCUUCUGGCACCAUCUGGAGGGGAACAUUUGCAACAAGCGUGUGGAUUCUUUCCUUCAUGCCUGCCUGGCUCGUGGUAUGUCUCUCUCCGACUUAG